GAUCGUCCGAAGCGUCCUGCCGCCAUCUCGCCGUCCACCACCGGCCCACAACCCAGCGUUCACGCUGAGUCCGACAAAGUCACGGCGACUCUGCCAACUGGCGAUUCUGUCGAAGUGCUUCUCUAUGGAGCUACCGUGACGAGCUGGAAGAGCAACGGCAAAGAGCGCCUUUGGCUCAGCACUGCUGCAAAGCUUGAUGGCAGCAAGCCUGUGAGAGGCGGCAUUCCCGUAGUCUUUCCAGCCUUCGGUCCUCCACCCAAAGAUCAUGCCACCGGCGGUCUGCCACAGCACGGCUUCGCCCGCAACUCACAAUGGGAAUACCUAGGUCGCUCAAGCAGCGAAUCUGGCCUCUUGGCAAAGGGCGGCGAUGACAGCGUCAAGCUCGAUUUCGGUCUCUCUUCCUCCAACCUUGCUCCUGAAGCGAAGAAAGCGUGGCCAUACGAGUUUGGCCUAGUAUACUCCGUCACACUGGGCAAGGACGGCCUGCAAACAAUGCUCAACGUGCGCAAUCAAGGCAAGGAGAGCUUUGAGUUCCAAAUGCUUCUCCAUUCCUACUUCUCCGUUUCCGACAUCAGCAAGACUGUCAUCACAGGUCUCGGCAGCGUCACCUAUAUUGACAAGAUGCUGAACGCAACCGAGCACCAGCAGACAGAUCCACAGAUCAAGAUCACUGGCGAGGUUGACCGCGUCUACAAGUCGAUCAAGCAGGACACGACUUCGAUCGUGGUGGAUGGGAAGCCGCAUUUGGAUGUCGUGAGAGACAACCUCGAGGACUCUGUCGUGUGGAACCCAUGGAUCGAGAAAGCAAAGGGCAUGGGAGACUUUGAGCCAAAAGACGGCUACAAGAAUAUGGUCUGCGUAGAGGUCGGCGCCGUUGAUGGCUGGCAGAAGCUUGAGCCAGGCGAGACGUUCGAGGGUGGCCAGAUCUUGAAGGCGCAUUGA